UCUGAUCCCUUCUAAUAUUUUUUUGAUUAAAAGAGAUAUAUAUGAUCUUUCUUUCUUCCUAGGUUGGGCUUUCAUGGCAUACUAUAUCUCGUUGGCUUAUUAGGGGAAGAACUCUGAGAAAAAAAAGAGACCACACUUUCUCUCUCUUUCUCUCCCCUUCAUCUCCCAAACGCUCCAAUCCACCGUCAUCCACCACAUAAAAUAUUUUCCACCAUAGCAUAUAUAUAUAAUCUAGUCCCCUUUAUUCAUCAUCUUUUCUGGUGUGGUGGAGUUGUAGUAGUACUUCUGAGUUUCAUCAGUACUCACUAUAAUAUGAAGAGAAGAAACUUAGAAGGAAGCAGCAUAACAAGGAGCAGUACUUGAGGGUUUAACCAUAGUUAUAUUGAUAGAGAACUCUGCAGUGAAGAAAAAUCAAGGAAUAACAUGGUCUCAUCAGCUGGUUUCUGCUACUCAGACGUUUCACCAGGUAACAAUCCGAGUCCAACCCAUAUUCAAACUCAGUUCACCAACCAGAUCCAAGAGUUUCACGAGUCCAACCCUGAGAUCUUCAACUUGACAACAGGCAUGGAGAUGAUUGGGUUUUCGAAGAGUAAUCUACAGAACCAGAGUACGGAAACUAACACCAAUAAUAAUACUACUGCUGCUACUACUUCUACAACUAAUGCUUCUCCUUCUUCUAUGUGGAAAGGUUUUAGUACUAUUUCCAAGGCCGCCGGUCCUUCAUCUUCCAAGACGAUCAACGAGUCCACCACUAAUCAUGAUCAUCAACACCAUCAAUUCUAUGAUCAUUUCACAACUGGGAUUUCGGAAACUAGUAGCGAGAAUCUAAUGGUUGGACCAGAUCAUCAUCAUCAUCAUCAUCAGCAGCAGCAGUCAACUGGGCCUUGGCAAGAGAAUAGGUUCCUCGUUGAUGAUUCUUCUUUGAGAUGUGUUUUCCCUUGCGAGGGAAAUGAGAGGCCAAGUCAAGGUCUAUCACUGUCUUUAAGCUCAGCCAAUCCUUCUAGUAUUGGACUACAAAGCUUUGAAUUGAGACAGACAAAUCAUCAACAAGAUCAUGAUCAUAUGAGGUUCCUUUCUUCUAGUAGUUCUCGUGAUGGGUAUUUUGGGAAAGCGGCAAAUAUGCAAACCCAACAAAUGAAUAUCAAUAUGAAUCAAGAUGGGUUUUUGGGUAAAGCUGUGAAUCUCCAUCACCAAGGACAGUUCCAACUGAGAAACUCAAAGUACUUGAACCCUGCUCAGGAGCUUCUGAACGAGUUUUGUAGCCUUGGAACUAAGCAUACCGAUUUGAUGACGAAGCAAAAAUCUCAAAAGAUGAGUAAACAGUCAUGGGAAGAUCAGACUGAUAAUGGAAGUGGCGCCAGUUCUUCCAAAAACAAGUCUCUUUACUCCCUUGAAUUCAUGGAAUUGCAGAAGAGAAAAGCCAAGCUGCUUUCAUUGUUGGAAGAGGUUGAGAGAAGAUACAAGCACUACUGCGACCAAAUGAAGUCGGUGGUGUCAUCUUUUGAGGCGGUGGCCGGGGCCGGGGCGGCGACGGUGUACUCGGCGCUGGCUUCGAAAGCCAUGUCUAGGCAUUUCAGGUGCCUGAAAGACGGGAUAGUGAAUCAGAUUCAGGCCACGAGAAAGGCAAUGGGGGAAAAGGAUGCGACUGGGGCCGCACCAGGCACGACGAGAGGCGAGACACCAAGGCUCAGGCUUCUCGACCAAACCUUAAGGCAACAAAGGGCGUUUCAGCAGAUGACUAUGAUGGAGAGCCAUCCAUGGCGGCCUCAACGUGGCCUUCCUGAGCGUUCCGUCUCUGUCCUCCGAGCUUGGCUCUUCGAACAUUUUUUACACCCGUACCCAAGUGAUGUUGAUAAAGUUAUCUUAGCUCGCCAAACAGGCCUUUCAAGAAGCCAGGUAUCAAAUUGGUUCAUCAACGCAAGAGUGAGACUAUGGAAGCCAAUGGUGGAAGAAAUGUACUUAGAAGAGACAAAGGAGAGAGAAGCCAAUAAUAUCAUGGCCGCCGGAGGAGCGUCAUCAUCAUCACCUGAUCAUGGAGUAGUGACGGUCGAUAUUCUCGGCGACCCGAUUCGACAAUCGGGUCGAAAUAACCAAACCGACCAAGAGCAGAAACCAACCCAUGACCAGCUAGUCCGCAUUGACUCCGAAUGCCUCUCUUCCAUAGUCAUAAACCCAGAAAAAUCUCCCAUGUCUAGGUCAGGCGGCGGUAGCAAAACAGCCCUACAAAACCACCAACAAAACAUCCAACGACAGCAAAACUUUGGUCGUUUUGGGGAGGUGUCGUUCGGGUCAUCAAUGCAGGAGCUUGACUUUUCGUCGUACAAUCAACAAGCCGGGCAGGCCACGGCGGGAGGCGCAGUCUUAUACCAUGAUGAUAACAAUGUGGGGUUCAACGGCGGCGGCGGCGGAGGAGGAGGAGGAGGAGUGUCGUUGACAUUAGGGUUACAGCAGCAUGCAGGAGGAGGAGGAGUGAGCCAUGGCGGAGUGAACUUAGCUUUCUCUCACCCCGCUUCGCAGAGCUCUCUAUUUUACUCGAGAGAUCAUCACAUGGAUGAGUGUCAGCCGGCGGUUCAGUACUCGCUCUUAGAUGGAGAAGGUCAGAAUUUGCCUUACAGGAAUUUGAUGGGAGCACAGUUGCUCCAUGACUUGGUAUGAUCGAUCGAUUGUUAUGAUAUGAUGAUCAUCACAAAAUAUAUAUGGUGGUGAUGAUUUUAGAUAUUUUAUUAAAACCAUCUUUUUUAGGUAUAGAAUUUAAGGAAUAUAUAUAUAAUCUCUAUAGCCAAAAUACUUCAUUAUACUUACGUACAUAAAGCUAUACUUGGGGGUUGGAUUAGACAUGAACAUGAUUAUGAUCAUGGUCAAUUUUCUUUUGGCUAGCUCUAGUAAUUUUGAAUCUAUAUAUAUCUCUCUUUUCUUA